AUGCGCCCACGCAGCUUCCUCGGCGGCGAUCUGCACUGGCUCUGGUCGCCGUACUCGCUCUAUAUGAACAUCGACUACGUCUAUGGCCUGCCGUCCUGGGACGCCAAGGAUGGAUUCCCCGCAGCCCAGACGCUCAUGAACGUCCUCGAAAGCAUCCUCAACCUCUUCUAUGUGUAUCUCGUGCACGUGCGUGCGACUCCUUCGUCGCGGGCUGUUGCUCCUAUCUACGGUCUAAUCACCGUCACCAUGACCCUCAGCAAGACCAUCCUUUAUGUGCUUAACGACUACUGCUGCGGCUGGUGCAAGACUGGCCACAACGACUGGUACACGCUCAUCGUCUACUGGAUCCUUCCCAACGGUCUUUGGAUCCUCUUCCCCGCCAUCAUCGCCUACGUCUUCGUCAAGGAACUCUCCACGACGCUCAAAGUGGCCGCCGGAGUUCAAGGUGCGACCGCCCCAUCCCAUUCACCAUCCUCCGCUGCCAUUGGCACCGUUGCUGCCGAUGGCAACGGAGUCCAAGAGGCGGCGGCGGAAGAGGUACACAGUCUGGCAGCACACGGCUCUAACCCGUAUCUGGUUGAUCAUUCGCAGCUCCCGAGCUGGGCACAGGACAACGCAUGGAUCGUAAGGGGCUACCGUCGCCCAGGAGGAGCACCACACCCCGAUCCAAGCCUAAAAACCUUUGACCACGGCUCCGUCUACAAGUGCUGGCGCAGCAUUUGGGCCUACUGGCACAACGAGACCGUCAACAUUCACUCACACAUGUGGGGAGCUGUGUUCUCGGUGGGCCUGUCCUCUAGUCAUCUGCUACAGCAUCUCGGCCACCUCCCGAGCUUCAUCCGACCUCUUUCGCACCAUCCCAUCUUUUAUCCAUCUAGUCUUACGUUUACCACCACGGCAGGCAAGGUGCUCCGCUUCGCAUCUGCAUCCUAUCCCUCCGCCACAACCUCCUCUUCUGCCGUCCACAGUGCUGCCGCGACCCCAGGCUUGCUUGGUAAAGCAUUCUCCUUCUUGUCUUCGUCAUCCAGCGGCGCAGCAGGGCUCGCUUCCAAGGCGUCCGAGCUAGUUGUUCGCGGGCCGGACACGCUGGAUGUUGCCGGCUUUACCGUGUUCUUCAUUGGCUCCGUGGUGUGCCUGGGCUUUUCGGCCACGUACCAUGCGAUCCAGUGCCACUCGCACGGCGUCUCGAAGCGCUUCAACAAGCUCGACUAUGUCGGCAUCGUCGUUAUGAUUGUCGGCUCCUUCCUGCCCGCUCUGCACUAUGGCUUCUACUGCCAUCCCCACUUUCAGCUCGUCUACUCGGUCUCCAUCACCACCCUCGGCGCCCUGGCGAUGUACGUGGUUGUUGCGCCCUCGUACGCCACCCCCGCGUACCGACCGUAUCGCACAGCUGUAUUUUUGGUGCUGGGUCUUUCGGCAGUCAUUCCGGUAGCGCACGUCGUGCAGAUCUACGGAUACCGCACCAUCACCGAGACCAUGGGUCUGCGAUUCUUGAUCCUCUCCGGUGCAUUGUACGUCGUCGGUGCCCUGCUGUACGCAGCCAGGGUUCCGGAGAGGUUCGCGCCGGGGAGGUUCGAUAUGAUCGGCGCGAGCCAUCAGAUCUUUCAUAUGCUCAUCCUCGCCGCAGCUGCGGCGCACUACAUCUCGAUACGACGCGCCUACGCUUUCUGGCACACCGUCGAGGCGAUGGGCCCGCUGGAUGGCGGAAAGGCCGGAGUCUGCGCAGCGCUUCAAGCCUAA